CGGUUCCGGUUCCGGUUCCGACCCGGCAAGGAGGAGGAGCGCGAGUCCGGCCUGCGGAGAAAAUCUGGAGCAGAUGGAGCAGCGCUAAGAAGAAAACGAAAGCCACCUGUGGCCCUGCUGCCUCGUGUCCACCUGGAGGCUCACCUUCCUGUCUCUGGAGGGACGUCCCUCCCCUGAGCAGCGCUGCGGGGGCUGGUGCAGUCGGGCCGUGGCCCAGCCCCACACGCGUGUGUGUGCCCUGGCCUCCUCAGACCUUCCGGACCACCCGGCUUAGCCCCAGUUUUUCAAUAUCAGAAAUAACCCUGCAGUGAACACCCCACAGUGAACCUUUAUGUACAUGGCUGAUUAUUUCCUUAGGAUACAUUUAAAAAACAAAACCGUGGGAACAGAGGGCUUGCAUUUCCUGUUUUCAUGUCGCAUCUAGAAGGGACUGCUGAGUGCCCUCUUUGGACGGCUGAGCCGUCACUAGGCUGGGGGUGCCGCCCAGUUAAUGUGUGGUGUCUCUUGGGGCAGCUCCCAGCACGGACUUGGCCUUCCCUGCCCAGGGCCUUCCUCACCACCUGUGGUGUCUCAGAGUGGGUCGGUGUGCUGCAGCCAGCCGGGCCUGGGUCUCCAUGCUGUUUCUCCAGUUGCUCUGUGGCCUUGGGCAGGUGGCUUCACCUCUCUGUUUUCCUUGGAGGUGCUGCUCUGACUGCCUGCCCCCGGGAUCCGUCCCCAGCCCACUGUGGAUUCGCUGCUGUGGAGUCAGAAGUCAGCUAGCCCUCCCAGCCCCGGCCAGGGAGGGAGGGGAAGUGGCGGUCAGCCUGUCUUCCAGUUUUCAUUUCAAGUUCUCAGACCCCAGCUUCUCUCUGACUGGCCCCCCUCAGUGUGGUCCAGUCCCUGGGGCCCCAGGGGGAGCAGGCAGAAAGUUUGCCCUUCCUAGGCCCCUCAUGGGGUGUCUGGACAGAGGAAGGCUGAGCCGGUGGGUCUCACUGGCAGCAGCUGUGACUGCCUGUGAAGCCCUGUAAGGCCUGCCAGGCAGAGGGGUGGGAGCAGCAGCCACUCCUGGCUGUCCGUCUGUCUGUCCUCCACGGCACCCAGUGCCUGAGUGCUGUGCUCCUCAACACCCCAGAAAAUGCUGUCACUUCAGCGGGCACCCCAGAACAUCUGUCUUGCGUGGUCACCAACAAGACUCAGGCCUCGGGCUGUAACCGAGAGACGUUGUGCGGUACCGGCACUUGGCGUCUGCUGCUGCGAUGCUGCCCUGCGUGGUGAUGUCCCUCCGGCGCCUGGCCUGGGCCUGGCCUGGGCCAUGUUGGUGGCCAGCCCCCCGGAGGUGCAGAGGACGCAGCACCCUGCACACGGCCCCGGCCGUGCGCUCUGACAGCAGCACGCUGGGCUUCCGCCGCGCCCUGGGCUUCGGGGACAGGAUCGCCCUCGUCGACCAGCACGGCAGCCACACGUACAAGGACCUCUACUCCCGCAGCCUCUGCCUGUCUCGGGAGAUCUGCCGGCUCCGUGGGUGUGCCGACGGGGACCUCCGGGAGGAAAGGGUCUCCCUCCUGUGCGGCAAUGACGUCUCCUUCGUGGUGGCGCAGUGGGCCACGUGGAUGAGCGGCGGCAUCGCCGUCCCCCUCUGCAGGAAGCACCCCCAGGCCCAGCUGGAGUAUUUCAUCCAGGACUCGCGCAGCUCUGUGGUCCUCGCCGGCCCAGAGCACGUGGAGCUCCUGAGCCCAGUGGUCCAGAAGUUGGGGGUCCCGCUCCUGCCUCUCCCGCCCGCAGUCUACCACGGGGCAGCCGAGGACCCCGGGGAAGGCCGGCUGCCAGAGUGGGACUGGAGAGACCGGGGCGCCAUGAUCAUCUACACCAGCGGGACCACGGGGAGACCCAAGGGUGUCCUGAGCACGCAUCAGAACAUCAGGGCUGUGGUGACGGGGCUGGUCCGCAAAUGGGCCUGGACAAAGGACGACGUGAUCCUCCACGUCCUCCCGCUGCAUCAUGUCCACGGCGUGGUCAACAAGCUGCUUUGUCCGCUCUGGGUGGGCGCCACCUGCGUGAUGCUGCCCGAGUUCAGCGCUCAGCUGGUUUGGGAAAAGUUCUUAAGCUCUGAAACUCCACGGAUUAAUAUAUUUAUGGCAGUGCCUACCAUAUACAGCAAGUUGAUGGAUUAUUACGACAAACAUUUUACCCACCCUCAUGUCCAGGAUUUCGUGCGUGCAGUUUGUGAAGAAAAAAUCAGGUUGAUGGUCUCGGGCUCGGCCGCCCUGCCCCUGCCUGUGCUGGAGAAGUGGAAGGGCAUCACCGGCCACACUCUGCUGGAGAGGUACGGGAUGACGGAGAUCGGCAUGGCCCUGUCCAACCCCCUGACCGCAGCUCGCCUGCCAGGCUCUGUGGGGACCCCGCUGCCCGGCGUCGAGGUGCGCAUUGUGUCCGAAAACCUGCAGAAGGACGGCUACCCCUACGUUGUCCACGCGGAGGGAAAUGAGGAGGACACCAAGGUGACCCCAGGGUUUGAAGAAAAGGAGGGGGAGCUCCUGGUCAGGGGGCCCUCUGUGUUCCGGGAAUACUGGGACAAGCCGGAGGAAACAAAAACCGCCUUCACCUCGGACGGCUGGUUCAAAACAGGUGACACAGCUGUGUUCAAGGACGGCAACUACUGGAUCCGCGGCCGCACGUCCGUGGACAUCAUCAAGAGUGGCGGCUACAAGGUCAGCGCCCUGGAGGUGGAGCGGCUCCUGCUGGCCCAUCCCAGCAUCACGGACGUGGCUGUGAUCGGAGUUCCAGACGUGACGUGGGGCCAGCGGGUCACCGCAGUGGUGACCCUUCAAGAGGGACACUCGCUGUCCCACAGGGAGCUCAAAGAGUGGGCCAGGUGGAUGCAGGCACCAGCUACUGAGGCCAAGGGACGGGGUUUCUCUGCCCGCCCUCGCCGGCCCUUUGCUGCACACGUCCUGAGUGGCCAAGGCUGUCCCUACUCCUGCGGGCCCCGAGCAGACUUCGCGGUGCUGCUGUCCAGAGCCCCACUGCCCGAUGCCCCGCUGUCUGCAUCACUGGCAGCAGCCACAGAGCGCAGGGCCUUUGUGGGCCAGGAGGCCACGAUGGGUGGCCCCUCUCCCCACCACCCCAGGCGGCAUCCUAUGCACCUGCUGGUUCCUUAUUGAAGGGCCCCAUGUGCGGCCCUCGAGCAAGGAGCAGGUAGCUCUGCUCAGGAGAAGCCUGGGCGUGGUGUGCAGAGCUGCCUGGGGCUGGGCCCACCACGUGGCCGUUCACAGGAGGGCGCAUUGUCUAACGGUGCUCCUCUUGGGGGUGCGGCUGCAGGCCAGCUGCUGGACCCAGACGGCCACUCCUACUGCUUGGGCACCAGGCUCUGGGGUGGGAGGGUGGCUCCAGCCGGCGUGUGUGGUCAUGGCACCCAGGGGUCUGUGAGGUGCCCACCCACCUCCCCCAGCUGUCUGGCCAGGGCUGCAGUGAAUGGACCGCGAGGUAGGACCAGUUCUUUCCAGCUCAGGGGCUCAGGGGCGGGGUCUCGGGAGGCCUGGCCCUGGGUGAGGCUCACCCUCUCCCCCAGUGGGCAGAGGGGCGUCUCCAUGCCCAGGACCAGGCCCCGACCUGCUGCGGAGGCCCCACCCGCGCCCGUGGCUCCUGCCCUCAGGCCUGGCCUGUCUCUGCAGAGGUGUCCUGGCCCCAUACGCGGUGCCCUCGGAACUCCUGCUGGUGGAGGAGAUCCCGCGGAACCAGAUGGGGAAGGUCAACAAGCAAGACCUUGUCCGGCAGCUCUACCCGCGCGA